UCAGCAAACAUGUACAAAGCCGUGUUCGUAUUCGCCGUGGUUGCCGUUUUUGGAACCCUCGCCGUUCCGGAACCGAAACCAAGUCAUGCGGCGGCCGCUCUUGUUGCACCGGCGGCUGCGGCGGUCGUCGCGGCGCCAGCGGUUGCACCCGCCUACGUUACGGCACAAAGUUCGCAAGUAAUCGCCCGCAAUUACAACGGGUUGGCUGCCCCACUAGUCGCCGCAGCACCCUUGGCAGUAGCGGCGCCUGUACGUGCAGCCCCUUACGUAGCGGCCGCAGCACCCUACGUCGCAGCACCAUCUCCUUAUGUUGCCGCCGCUGCCGCUCCGUACGUUUCCGCACCGUACCUUUCCGCUCCAUACGUUGCCGGCACCCCUUACGUAGCCGCUGCUUCUCCAUAUGUCGCCGCCCGGUAUACGGCCGCCCCUUACGUUGCAUCCCCAUACGUAGCAGCUGCACCCUACGUAUCUGCCCCGGUGGUUGCACGUUCACCCUAUGUCGCAGCCCCAGCCGUUGUUGCGUAG